AUGCCCAUCACUGCUCAUCACAGAAUGGAAAGGCACCUGGUCAAUGAGUGGAACAAAAACGACGAGCGCCUGCUUGCUGCAGUGGAGCAUGGCGAGGUGGAGAAGGUCGCACCGCUUCUCGCCAAGAAAGGUGCCAGCGCUGUAAAGCUGGACAGCGAGGGCAAAUCAGCUCUUCAUUUGGCAGCUGCACGUGGACAGACAGACUGCCUAUCUGUCAUCCUGGCCCAUGGAGCUGACCUGUCAAUCACAGAUGCUGCAGGUUUCAACCCGUUACACCUGGCUGCCAAAAACAAUCACGUCGAGUGCUGCAAAAAGCUCAUUCAGAGUAAAUGUCCCGUCGAUGCAGUAGACGGUUCAGGAAAGGCUGCUCUACAUCACGCUGCUGCCAGCGGGAACAUCCAGACCGUCCAACUGCUGUGUGAACUCAAAAGUCCCAUCAACCUAAAAGAUGCAGACGGGCUCACCCCUUUGCUGUUGUCAGCAAAACACAUUCAUGUUGAGGUGUGCUGCACUUUGCUGGACUGCGGUGCUGAAAUCAACACUUUUGACAACAGUGGCAGGACAGCCUUGAUGCUGGCCACAGAGUCCAACGCCGUUUCUGUUGUUGAAGUCUUAAUCCAGCGAGGAGCAAAUCUGUCGGCUGUAGAUUCACAAGGCCAUGAUGUCGUACACUACGCCAAGCUGUCGGGCAACUCUGAGAUCAAAACUGCCCUUACUGCUGCCCUGAACAGCCAUCAGGUCUCAGAUGAAAAGUCUCCUAGAAGUCCUCAGCAUGAUCAAGUAGCUAAACUAAGUGAUGAAAGGAUCACAACUCCCAAAAAACGAAAAGCACCUCCACCUCCUAUUAGCCCACUGCAGAGCUCUGGGCCCUCUUCUCCUUCUGUCCUUACCUCCACUGGGACCCCUGGAUCCAACACAAGUGACACUCCCAAAAGAUUCAACUACAAGGAGGAUGAGGUUAAAGGAACGACACUGAGAGCAGAGCUUGAGAAGCUCCAUGAGGAGAGGAACAUGUUGCUGGAAACAAUCGAAGACCUGAAGCAGUCGGUGGAACAGACGGUGACCUGUCCCGAACUGGAUACAAAGGUCGAGCACAGUUUUACAGCAUCCGCAGCUCUGGUUUCUGCUCUGCAAGCCAAGAUUACUGCUCUUACUUUGGAGAAACAGCAACUUGCAAGCAAACUCAAGAAACGUCCCUCCCGCCAAGGAAGCGAGGACCUGAAGGACACCAGUCGUCCAAACAGCAUGGCCUCCAACUCCUCCUUCCACUCCACCCAGGAUGAGUUUGAGUCACUGCCACAAGUGGAAAGGGAAGACGGUUCAGGCGGAGUUUCUCUCGGGCAGGACGAAGAAGAGGGCAAAGAGGAGAUCCGGCUGUUGAGACAGGCGCUAGAGAGCGUUCAAGUGAAACUGCUCGAAACCAGGAAGGAAAACCGCUCUCUUCAGGCCAAGCUGAAACCUGAGCAAUGCGGAGAAAGAGAGGAGGAUGAAAGCGUGAGGGAGAAAGGAAGCGAGGAAGAGUUGAUGGAGAGUCUCGCAGAGCUUCAGGCGAAGCUGACAGACACUCAGGAGAAAUACCACCAAGCUGUGGAGGAGGUGGAGGAGCUGAGGGUGCAGAUAGGAAGGGGAGGAGGUGAGCUGAUGGAGAAACAGGAGGUCCAGAGACGCGCAUCAUCCACACUUGAACAUGAAGUAAAACAGCUGAGGGCCCUGCUUGUCCAAUCGGGAUCUGAGCAGGAGAAAGCAGCUCAUCGAAUCAGACAGCUGGAGGAGGCGCAGAGGAGUGUAAAGGAGAAAGAACAGAGGACUGCACAGAUUGAGGAGCUGCACAAGGAGGCGCAAGAGGAGAUUAGGAUGCUCCAGGAGGCUCUGAGAGGCACAGUGCCAGUUGAAGCUGCAGCCAAAGACUUUGAAGAAAUGAAGGCUGAGCUAAACGAGGUAAACGCUGGGUUGCAGCGUCGUUUGCUGGAACUCUCCCACUCCUACAGUGAAACCAAGAGUCAGCUUAGUGCUGCACAGAAACAGCUGGCGGAGAGCAGCGCAGCCUCAUCUCCCUCCUCAGAACAGCAGCAGGACCAGGUGCUGAUCAACAAGGUAGAGGAGCUACAGACGUUGCUAGCUGAGACAGAGAAGAAGCACUCUGCUUCUCAAGAGGAGAUUUCACUGCUGAGGCAGGAGGCAGAAGCUCAGGCACAGAGCUCUGUGUCCCUGGCCGACCACACACAGGUGAUGUCAUCUCUGGGAAAUGCCAUCAAAGAGUUGGAAAGCCAGUCGGAGGCCCUGAAAGAGCAGCUACAUCAGAAAGUCUUGCAGAUGGAGGCUCUUCAGAACAGGCUGUCGGCAGAGAAAGAUGUCACCCCAGAUGAUUCAGUCUCUCGCGUGGAGUACGAGACCACACAACGGCAACUGGAAGGUGAGGCGAACCACCUGACGCAGCUCCUUCAGGGGGCCCUCAGGAAGCAGGACGAGAUGGCUCUGGAGGCUGCUGAAGCAUGGCAGAAGGCACGGGACAACCGUGCAGAGCUGGAGGCCCUGCAGGAGCUGGUGAUGUCGAGGGAGAAGGAGAACCAGAUGCUGACCACCAGACUGGCCGAGUCCCAGGAUGCUGUGUGUCAGCUCAAACAGCUGGUGGAGAACCACGUUGCCUCUGAGAGAGAAAAGAACAAGAGGAUCGAUGACCUAUCACGGGAGGUGGGGAAGUUGAAGGAUGCCUUAAACAGCCUAUCACAGCUCUCCUACAGUGCUGGCUCUCCCUCAAAGAGACAGCAGCAAAACCAGCAGCUAAACCAGCAGCUGGAGACGACGCAGCAACAAAUCAAACAACUACAAUACCAGCUAGCUGAGUCAAAGAAGCAACACCAUGAGAUAGUGUCAGUCUACAGGAUGCAUCUCCUCUAUGCUGUCGAGGGUCAGAUGGACGAGGAUGUCCAGAAAGCCUUGAAACAGAUCCUGAUGAUGUGCAAGAUGCCAAGCCAAGCCAAGGAGGCCUGCUAAGACACACUGGGCCUGGUUUCCCAAAAGCAUGAACUGCUGCUGUCAGCACCUGUCCCGUCUGAAUUCACACAGUGCUUAUGCUGAUUACAAGCAAGGCCAACAUGGUGCCUCUGGAUUAACCUCGAGUAUUUGUUAAUGAGGAGUAGGUUUACAGUCCAGUUCAUUGCCUUUGCUAAUGUCAUUUUUACCGACUAAGAUCUUAUGAUGGGAGAUGUUUUUGGGAAACCCCAGCCCAGCAUACAGAUACUGUGCAUUAGCCAACUGACCAUUCAAAUGAAUGAGUGAACCAAGAGGUUCCAGCCAAAUUUAUAAUCUCAGUAUGUGCAUGUUAACACUACAGUGUCAAUGUGCAGUAACCUUAAAUCACAUGCAAAACAUGCGUGUGUACUUUGUUACAAUGUGCGUCUCAGUUGGCGCUGCUGUUGCUAGUAUCUAUUUUAUGAUACAGCAGUGUUAGUAUUAUUUGACUUGUCUAAAGAUUUCAUGGUUGUCAACAUUUUCCUGAUGCAAUCUAAAUUAUUUGUGCCCUCUUAACAAUGCAUGUGACUUUGCUCAACGAUCAUACAAAUGUUUUGUUUUUUUGGCCGCACUUCAAUGAAGAAAAAGCAUGAUACUGUUUGUAUUGCUAUUUUCUUAUUAGCACAAAAAAAUGAUAAACACAAUUACUUUACUGAAUUGUAUUACCACGCCAUAUUUUCUAAGAUACUGUACUUUAAUGAAGAGGUUUGAUAGCUGUAUUUUUGAUGGCCUUGUUUUGUGUGACACCUGAAUCAGUUCAUGUUCCUGUUAUUAUUCAUAUUUUAGAUAUAAGGGGUUGAAUGAGUUUACUGUAGUUAAAAAAAACAUUUCAGUUGUAACAAAUGCCCAACAGUACGGGCUCAUUAUGUGUCUUUUUGACUCGGAGGAUAGUUGAAAGUGGCUUUCCUCUCAAUCUUACACAUUGGUCUUUUGUUCAGCAAUUCCUUACUUGAAAAGAAUGCAAAAUGUGUUGGCUGAAAGCAAAUGGUCUGCUGUCACAUGCCUGUAACCAGACGGUAUCUUUCUGGCUCUGUAGUACCUUUGACUGAGAAUUACUGUCAAUAUCAGUUAUUCUCAAUUGUCAUAGAUGCCAAUUUCACUAGCCUUCCUUGUACUUACUUAUUAAUUUAUUUACUUUUACCAAGAAUGUCUGGUUUCUGUCUUUUUAUUUGUGAUUCUCCCAUCUCUUUCAGUGUUUCUGUGUAGGUACGGAUUUUACACUGUACAAAAAACAUUUCAAAUGUUCUUCUUUGAACGUGUUUUUAGAUCUCACUCCUUUGCCUUAGUACUGUAUUUAGAGCCAUAUGAACUUAGAUAUCACACUUCUUGAGAUUAUUAAGAACACACCCAACACUAGUCAGAUUAAAUUAAUUUGUAUGCGACUGGCCCACUUUCUUUUUUUAAAUGUGUUUUUACUAAACAUCAUUUACACCUGAUUUGUUAGACCCCGAGUAGAGCGUUUGCUUUAUUUCAUAGGUUAUAGAAUAUCAUAAAUCACCUUUCUCUAGGCCUUGACUGAAAUGUUUUGUAACCAGAAAGGGAAAAGAAAGAAACUACUCUUUUGUUGGUUGUUUCCUCACUAACAGUUUUGUAGUGACUUGAAGAAGAAAAAAAAAAUGCUUGUUUGCCAACUGCUUUGUUGCCCACAUUAAUACAUUUUCAAGAUACUGUA